AUGUCUGUCCUGUCGGAUCCAACUUGCCAACCGUAUCGCAACCGUCAGCCGUCGUCCUGCGAGCAGCAGGACGAGUGUAACGCAUUUCGGCUGAUGCAAUCAGCGGCACAUUUUAUCCGGCCAAAAGUAGAGGAGGAGAAGGAUGUAGGGAAGCAGUAUAAUAAUAAUAAUAAUAAUAAUCGACUACUCAACGUCCACCCGGGAGCUCGAAUCAGCAGCCAGCGAGAACUUCAGCAAACCAAACUCCUUCGAGGUACCAAAUUCGAGCGGAUUCUGGCCAAGCAAACGAACCCCUUGUUCAAACCAUCGAAGGAUCACUUGAACUGCGAUCCCAGCCUUGAGCUGGAGGAGAUGAUCAUCGAAACCAAGCCGCUCCACAAGAAGAAAAAACGACUCGCCAAGCAGCGGUCCAUCCAUCGGGACAGUCAAAACGCGAACCAGGGCCAGCUGAGCCCGCUGGAUAGUCAACUGUUGAAGGAGUUCCUGGUGUACAACCGGUUCAAGGAGCAAAAACGGAAAGCGAUGGAGAAGAAGGAAACCGAGUGGCAGCAGGAGCUGGAUCAGGCAAUGGCCAGCUCAGAGGCGGAUGCGACGACCACGGUGGGACGAUCGGAGUCCGUUCCGGCCCGUUUGGCCACGAUCAGCGAAGCACAGCCGGACAACGGAUCGACCAACAAUGGUACCACGCGAUCGAUCAACAGCAGUGGGACAAAGCCGGUGUCCAAGCAGGCAGACAGCUUGGACUACAUCGAUCGGACGCCUUCGCCAAAACCGAGCAUAUAGUAGUAGUGGUGUGGCGCGUUUUACGUUGCGAGAUUACGAAUGUUUUGUCCGUUGUUUGUUUAGGUCGUUGCCUGUAGCGGCAUCGAGUGUUGUGAUAAAUCGAAGGUCUCUCGUGUGCUUUUGGGUUUUCGAAUUCUGGAGUAUAUUCAAUGUGUUACCCGAGAAAAAAAAUUGUCAGUAAUGCGCUCAUAGAUUGCGAUUUGUUAAGAAUUUAAAAUUCAGUAUAUUUUGUGUCACGUUUGUAGUUCGGCGCACGAAAAUCAUACGGAAAUAACGAGACUGAGUACAUUUAGUGAGAUAAACAGCAAACAAAAAUUGUCACAGUCCGGCACAUAUUAGCAACAUCUAAUGAUUAACAUCAGUUUCCAGUAACGUAGAAAAAUAGUUCUCAACAUCGGUAAACAAUAAUCGUCGAAAUAACCGGUAGUGUUUAAAAGUAGUAAGAAAUACAAUCAUCACUCGCUAGGCCGCUAGAAUGCACACUCACUCACUAAAUGACGCACAUUACUCGCUGAUUGUUCAUAGAAGUUGCUACACACACACAUGCAUAUACGAUAGGUCACCGAGAUAUAACCGACAGUAAGCAAAAAACAAUCAAGUGUAGGCUUGAACAAGUGGAUCAAAACGAAUUAUAGUCAAAAGGACAAAGUAGGCGAUUGUUGACAUAGCAUUCGACAUCCGUCGAGCUUGACGUUGAUAAAUGAAGGCGCAUGUUACUGCGAUUGAAUAUUAAUCAGUGGGGGAGGGCAUUGUCGUGCCCCACCAUCAUCAUCGCUUGGCGAGGAGGGACACGUAGUUUGGGUGAAAUAAUCGUCAAUUCGUUUUUUCUGGUAACGAAAUCAAAAUCGGAUCAAAUAUAAAGGUAUAAACUGUUGAGCAUUAUUUAA